GUGUGCGUAGCGGAUCUCCAGCGACCGGCUAAUGCGCAUGUACAACACGCAGUAGGCUGGAAAUCACUCACACACCAAGCACAGAAACAUUAGUCGGUUGGGUUCUGGAAACAGAUGAAAAUUAUUUCCCUUCAAAGCGAGAGAGCCUUUGUGUGUUGUCUGACCUGUCAUAAGUGGCCAAAGUUUUGCAUUAGCUCCCAACGGCUGCACAACAGUUUGCGUUCCAUCAGUUUGAAUCGUCCUUCGAGUGAAAGAGCGAAAUAUUUAACAAUCUAUCUCAUCCGUUCAGUGUCAGUGUCCAGUUAAUAUUUAAACUAGUGAAAAAAAAAACAUGGAUAGUUUUUUGGUAGACUCCGAUAGUGCCACAGUAAUUCCGAAGGACCUAGGCGAAAUGCCGAAGGAACAGUUUGCCAAUGCAGAUCUCUUUUCGGACCACUCCCGUUUUCCAUCAUCAAACGAGGAAAAAACUGACAUUUCGCAAAAGUUCUCAGCCGAGGACGAUUUGCUGGGGCAUUCAUUUUCCAUGCCACCGAAGCCUGUGCCGGACUAUAAAAUGUUAACGCAUGAAAAAGAUACCUUCGAUGAUUUCUUUCUUGAGGCAGAGACCAAGAAAACCACGGAGCCUGCAACGGCUGACAUCAACACACUCCUGGAUAUCGGUGCACCUGAUUUCUUGGAGCCGCAGAAGAAACCAAACAACGACGCAAAGCAAGAGAAGCAAAUCUUCACCGAUUCCGCUCCAUUCGGCGCCGGUCCAGACGAACCGAUCCAAGCGGCGAAGAAUGAUAUCGAAAGUGACUACAUGAAUCCGUAUGCCGAGGUUCGUUCGAACACAACCGCACAGAGCCAAAAGCAUGAAGAGCCCUCUGCUGGUUCUAAUCCUUCUUCCGAUAGUGUUGAAAAAGAAGAUAUUUUCAGUGCAUUUGCCAGUCACAACAAAAAAGAUCAUUUCGUGGAGCCUCAUUUUGAAGACUCAUCAUCAGCUGGUUCCAAUGUGGCUGCCGCCGCUGCUGUUGUUGCUCCUCCCGAACCACCUGCACCAGUUGCAGUUCCCCCUCCUACUCCGGCUGUCACCGAAAAUGUGACUCCUCCAAAACCGGUGGCUCCAGUGAAGCAACCCUCACAGGAAAAACCAAAACCGGCAGAAUCCAGCGAACAAUGUAUACAGGCGGAGAAGCUCUUCAAACAAUUUGGUUUGGAUGCUUGGUUCAAACCGGAAAAAUUGCACCCAAAAGUGGAAUCCCUGAUCUAUUGGCGCGAUGUGAAGAAAUCUGCAAUCGUGGCCGGCAGUGGCCUAACCAUCCUGCUCGCCAUGUCACUGUUCUCGCUGAUCAGUGUGUUCUCGUACGUCUCGCUGCUGGUCUUGUUCGGAACCGUUUCGUUCCGGAUCUAUAAGAACGUACUGCAAGCAGUACAGAAGACUUCCGAAGGACAUCCGUUCAAGGAAUACCUCGACAUUGACUUGACCCUAUCGCAGGAAAAGGUUCAACAGUUGACCACGGUCGCUGUAGCACAUGCCAAUGCACUGCUGUCGGAGUUACGUCGUCUAUUCCUGGUGGAAGAUUUGGUCGACUCCAUUAAGUUCGGCGUUGUCCUUUACUGCUUAACUUAUGUCGGUGCCAUCUUCAACGGAAUGACGUGCGUCAUAAUUGCAUUCGUUGCACUAUUCACCUUACCAAAGGUCUACGAAAAUAACAAACAGUCGAUUGAUGCGUAUUUGGAACUGGUCAGAAGCAAAAUUCUGGAAAUUACCGAGAAAGUAAAAGCGGCCGUUCCUCUGGGCAAGAAAGUCGAAUCCGACAAGGAAAAAUAAGUUGAUAGCAUGUAAUUGUAAAAGAACCUUUUUAUUUUUUUAUUUAUUUAACUUGAUUACUCUUAAAACAAGGGAAAAAAGCUAAUGCAACCAACCACAAAAUAAGAUGUGCAACAAUGACGAAUGAUAUAUCGAAUAUUUGUUUUUUUUUCAUACUGAUUCGAUGGAAAUAUAUCCGUUUUAAAAUCCAGUACUAUUGACCCAUGGAUUCUAGAUAAAGGAACUACUACCUACUGUUUGCUAGGAGAACCAUGUUGACCGACUCUAAAAAUAAUAAAUAAAUGAAGAACAAAUCGAUUUCUCUUUCCGUUCGAAUAGAUUUGAUUGCUGUGAUUGUUGGAUGAGAUCCACGAACAUACACGCAUACUGUCUCUCUUUCACUCACACCUACACACACACAUACAUUUUCAGAGGAAAUAAAAGCAUAUAGUCAUAACAAUAGAACUAUUUCAAACAGUAAAACGGAUGGAAAACCUGAGAUUAGCAGUUAGUAACAAAUUAAUGAAAUGGACACUCGGCGGAGUCAGUAAUGAGAAGCAGUGAUCGAACCGAAAUCAACGUUGUAACUGCAAUAAUACGAAAAAAAGAUCACACACACAGAUUGUUUGGAGUUUCAUUCGAACUCAUUUGAAAUCAUUCACUCGAAUCGACAAGCAAAAAGUAACACCAUAAAAUUUUCUAUUUUGUAUGUUUGGUUACAUCGAAAAAGUAUUAAUGAGAGAAAAACGGAAAGUGUCCCGCAGUUUAUUUUUUCCUCUAGCUGCUGUGUCGUUUUUUUUUAAUUGUCUCUGCUGUUUUUUCGCCACGCCCUGUGUUUGCGACUUUUGUUUUUUUUUCUUGUGAUUGUCUAGCCUAUCUUCCGUAGCAGAAAGGGAAAGUAGAUCCCGGGAGGAGUGAGCGGAGGUAAUCCGAAACUUUGCGACGAAGUGACGUUCGAAUUUAACUUAUAAUUUCCGGUUUCGUCGUCGUCGUCGUCCGAGAAAACCUUAAUGCAAAAUGAGGAAAGCAAAAAUCGCUUUAAAUAUGUGUAAAGCACGUGAAAACAAACAAACAAACAAAAAAAAUGCUAUAUUCAUAUUAUAUUCGUCUAUAGGUAAGGCUUGUUUGAAGUGACGCUAAGACAUGAAUUAAAAAUAUACAAAAAAAAAAACCUACCACUUCUCGUCAAAUCGUUUUUAGCCUUUAAUUAUGUUGAAGUUGAGCAUUAUUUAACCAAAAGAGAGGAAAAUAUCGAAUCUUUUUCGUUACUCGUUAUUGCGUAAGAGUUUGUUUUUAGCCUACCUUUUAAGCAAGCGACCAUUUUUUCGAUUCACCUUUUUCUAGAAGUAAAUUGGAGGAAGAAAAUCAAAUAAAUGAAAUAAACACAAAAAAAGGACGUGUAGCAUUGUUCAUGACUACUUCAUAAUAAGCAAGCACAUACACGAAACAAAACAAGGAUUGCUUACAAAUAAACAAAAAAAAAUCUUUAUUAUUAUUAUUAUGACUUAUUAAAAGAUGCGAUAGUAAGAAAGUAAGUGAAAAAUUGUCAUCAAUGCAAGAAAAACUGAAAAAUAAAUAAUAAAAUGAAGAACCACUAUAAAACGACGUAGCUCCA